UUGAGUCUGAAGGAAUAACACUCGACUGCUGGAUUUCACCUCUUACAGUCACUUAUCAAAAUGUCACAUUUCUAUGCUGUGGCUUUUUUGGCAUUUACUGCAGGAUGGUGUCUGUGUACAGCUGAUGUUGUGGAUUUCACUUCAUGUCUGCAGUUCUUCUACAGGAAUUGGCCUCCUAAAGGCUUAGCAGGGACCCCAAUCUGCCAGCGUUAUUGCAACCAAUAUCGCUUUGCCACGUUGUACAGUCGACCACGCCGCUCUCCGUGGUUCUCAGCCUACGUGUAUGCUGUACCAGGAGGAAAGAGGCCUACAGCAUCAUGGAAGUUUGAGCCACAGUUAACUUACCCAGGAGCUGAUGGCAACAUGAUCCCCUUCCCUCCGGGCCCUCUGGACCAGAACGUGGUAGAAAGCCAGGGAGUGGAGCCAGACUACAUUAACUCUACCUUCUCUCGCGGCCACUUGAAUCCCAGUCUUCACCAUCACACCCGUGAGGACCGCUAUUCCACCUUCACCCUCACAAAUGUGGUUCCUCAGAAGGUAGGGUCUAAUGACGGGCCUUGGGAAAUCCUGGAGCAGAUUGUCAGCAAAACCUUAGAGGCCUACUGUCUUGGAGAGGCUUACAUAGUGACCGGCAUCAUCCCUUACCAGGAAGACGAUCACUGGCUCAAAAAUCAUCGUGUGGCUGUGCCUGAGUACCUUUGGUCAGCUUACUGCUGCCCAAAGUACAACAACAGUCUUCCAGAACAACUGAAGGAUGCCUUUCCCACAUAUGCAGCAAUUGGCCGCAACGACCGCAACAGCACUGAGGAGAUUGUGCCUGUUAACCAGACCGCAAAGAAACAGUUUAGGGGAUAUGAUGUGAGGCAAAUGCCACUGGCAACACUUGAGAUGUAUCUGAAGGACAGGUUCAACACUGUUGUCAGUGUUUUUUAUGAGCAGUGCUCUGGAUUGGACUGAUUCUGCACAGGUGUUUUGUCACAGUUGUUAAAUGGUGUUAAUGCUAAUUUCAUUUGAUUCAGUCGAAAUAAAAAUACAAAGUAUCAAAAUUAAACCUAACACUAAAAUAUACGUAAUUUCUAAUUGCCUUCCAAUCAACGACAUUGCUCGUCUGUGCUUUACAAAACACAGGCACAAAGCUACAUGUUUAAUAUUGAA